AGAGUUACUGAAAGUGGAGAAACGUUUCAACAACGUGAGUUGUGUUGACUUCACUUCACUGUUGCUGAUUAAAAUACUUCAGCGACACUUAAAAAAUAUAAACAGCCACGACAUAAACCCGCUGUGAAGACAAGCAGGGCUGUCACUAUGGCUCUAAAUAAGUCCAUGCAUUCUCGGAACCGGUACAAGGACAAACCUCCGGACUUUGCUUACCUGGCCUCCAAAUAUCCAGACUUCCAACAGCAUGUGCACACCAGCCUCACAGGAAGACCCGUUGUGAACUUUAAAGAGCCAGAGGCAGUGCGAGCUCUAACCUGCACCCUGUUAAAAGAGGACUUCGGUUUGACCAUUGAGAUCCCUCUGGAGCGCCUCAUACCCACUGUCCCGCUGCGCCUCAACUACAUCCACUGGGUGGAGGACCUCAUCGAUGGCCAGAAGCAACUGCGCAGAGGCAUAGACAUCGGCACCGGGGCGUCUUGUAUCUACCCCUUGUUGGGGGCUACAAUGAAUGGCUGGUACUUCCUUGCUACAGAGGUGGAUGAUAUCUGCUUUGACUAUGCAAAAAAGAACGUGGAGCAGAACAACCUGUCUGACCUGGUUAAAGUGGUGAAAGUCCCUCAGAAGACUUUGCUGAUGGAUGCCUUGAAAGAAGAGACUGAAAUAGUUUACGACUUUUGCAUGUGCAACCCUCCAUUUUUUGCCAACCAGUUAGAAGCAAAGGGGGUAAACUCCAGGAACUCACGGCGACCUCCUCCCAGUUCAGUGAACACAGGUGGGGUGACGGAGAUCAUGGCAGAGGGUGGUGAACUGGAGUUUGUCAAGAGGAUCAUUCAGGAUAGCCUGCAGCUCAAGAAACGUCUUCGGUGGUACAGUUGCAUGUUGGGGAAGAAAUGUAGCCUGGCACCUUUGAAAGAGGAGCUGAAGAAGCAAGGGGUGCCUAAAGUGACCCACACUGAGUUCUACCAGGGACGGACUAUGCGGUGGGCGCUGGCCUGGAGUUUCUAUGACGAUGUGACUGUUCCAUCUCCUCCCAGUAAGAAGCGUAAACUGGAAAAGUCCCAGAAACCGCUGUCGUUCACUCUACCAGAGGCGGGACUGAUAGAGCUCCAGGCCAAGGCCUCGGUUGCAGGCUGCACUUCUUGCAGCCCCGUGGACAGCGUCACCGCCCUGCUGGAGAAGACCCUCACUGAGCUGCGGGUGUUACAUAAACGGGUCCCUUGCGGAAAGCGUGAGCAGAGCCUCUUUCUGACCGCUGUUGAGAACACGUGGAUUCACGGACGGCAGAAGAGACGAGAACAGAAACGUCAGUUGAGAGAGCUUCCUAGGGCACCUCACUGCGCUGGAACCAGUUCUCAACCCAGUGUGGUCACACCUGCUACCGGCACUCCCUCCCAAAAUCAUCCCGCCUCCACAUCAAACAGCAACAGUCAGGAUGAUGAUGAGAGCAAAACUACGUCUUCACACGAAUCAAGAAAAGAGGAAAAGAAUGAACCUGGGGAACAAGAAGAAGUUUCAGAAAAUGUAAAAAGUGAGGAUGUGGACAUGGAAUCCUCCACGUGUGCAGAAACAGGUCAGGAAACGGACCUGAAGGAAACGUCUGCUGCAGCUGGUGAAACACCCCCCACACGCCCUCAGAGCCCCAGUGUGGUUGAAAACUUCCUGUUCAAGUGUCUGCUGAAUGUGAUGCUGGAGGAACGUGAUGUAGUGAUUGAGAUGCACUGGGUCGAGGGUCAGAACAAAGACCUGAUGAACCAGCUGCGUACUUACCUGAGGAACACUCUUUUAAAAUCUGUUUCAAAGGCUUAAUGUUCAGAGGGAAAGGACCUGUUUUCAAAUGGUUUAUUUAGACAUUAUUCAGUGAAGUAUUAAUUUUAGGGAUGUUUUUUAGUUUUUCAUAAACUAUUAAACUACUGGAGAAUUAUUAUACCAGUAGAAUUCCAUAAUCUGAUCAUCUUUAUUUAGCUUUUUAAGAUAUUAUACAGAUUAUCCUAAUACUUUGUUCUCAAAGUUGUCAAAAUAUUUGGAAUAAAUGAAACUUUUUAUAAAAAUGUUUGCAUUUUUGGGUUGCAUUUUGAAGUACCCUAUGAUGAUGCAGUAUCUCUGAAUGGCCAC